AUCCAAAAAUACCUCGCCGCCUCGGUCGGUCCCAGGGCUGGUAUUUAUGGAUCCCUUCUGCAAAGGCUUACUGCGCCCACAGAGCGCCGGUCUGCCUCGCUUUUCUCAGCCUGCUGCAUGCACGCGAAAUGUGGCUGGCGUCCUAUUCGAUGCAGUGGUGGCAUGCUCCGGUCCUCGACAAUGGACUGUGUCGCUUUUCGGCAGCUACGGGCACGUGGUUAUCAUCGAUUGUCGUCGGCCUUAUUAUGAUGUGAACGUGACGCGGCGGAACAAUGAGUGCCGGGGAGUGCCCCGGAUUCGUGCCCCACUUCGCCAAGGCCUCGAGGUGCAAGCGCUGCUUCCGCGAUGUCUCCGAGCAUGGCAAGCCAACCGCGGCGGCCCCCGCAACUGCCGCCAAAACUACGACGAACGAACGUCAACCGGAUAAGCAGCCCGGGCAGAGUCGUAGGGACAGCUGUCCAAACCCCCAAAAUACACGUGUUGCUGCAGGCUCGUCGCCUUCACCAACGAGCCGCGCGCCAGCGGCUGGACAGCCGAAGGCCGCCAAGCCGACCACAGUGGCAGUUGUUGCAAACGCCACGCAGGAGGAAGAGGCCAAGGCUGUCGUGAGACGAAGGCGGACCGUGGACGAGAGCGAGAACGCUCAGGAAGAAGCCACCAGCGUCAAGCUCCGAAGACGGCGUCCGCUUUCCGCUGAGAUCGGCGAAGAGACGGCAACAAACGGUAGUGCCCGCGACUCCAGCGAUUCGUCACGACUGCAAGUGAACAAAAGCGACUCCGAAUCUCAGAGCAGCGACACCGAACCGCAACAGCAGCAGAAUCGACGGCCUUCUUCGUACGGCGCGAAAGAACGCCGACGAAGCCAGCGCAUCAAGAUCGUGGAGGCACAAGAAGUGGAAAAGGACCUGUAUCCCUCCUUGCCCACGGACUCCGCAACUGUCGCGUCACCGUCGGCGGACGUCGAGUUCAUCCUGAAAGUGAAGACCGCCACUCCGCAAAAGGAGGAACGCGAUGACGACGACGACGAUGACGACGACGAUGACGAGAGCGUGGCGCUCACGGAAACGACCGAAACCACGGACACAACGUUGGCCUACUAUGACAGCUACGAGGAUAUGGAAAACACCGUGGCUAAACUCAGAAGUCAACUCGCAGCGGCUGAAGAGAAGGUCCAGAGACUCGAGAAGGAGAAGAUCGAUAUGCAGAAGAGACGGUCGGAGGUCACAGACGCCGACAAAAAGGCGCUCGAUAAGACGGCUUCCGAGAUACUAAAGCUGAGGUCUAAGAUUAAUGAGCUCGAAGCCAUUAACGAAGAGCUCAAGGAUGAUAACAAGUGUCUCAAGCUGGAGGUGAAGGAACUUCAGCAGGAAGUGGACAAGAGGGACUUGGCGGAAAACGCGAAGAAAGAAACAGAAGCAUUGAGAGUGAAACUUCAGCAGGCUGAGGUGCUGUGCGAGGAGCUCAUGGAAGAAAACGAAGAGAUAAAGAAAGAAAUGCAGGACCUCGAAGAGCAGCUCGAAGAACUGCAAGAUUCGUACCGUGAAGACCAGCAGAGCGAAUACCAGGACCUUAAGAAGGAACUUGAAUCGACGUCGAAGAAUUGUCGCGUGCUUCAGUUCAAGUUGCGCAAAGCGGAGAGGCGCUGCGAACAGCUGGAACUCGAGAAAGGACAGCUGGACGACAAGGUGUCGGAGCUCCAGAAGACUGCGCAAAUCGAAGUCGACAAGAUGAGAAUGAAAGUGCUCGAAGAUGAGCUACAUGUGGCGAACGAACUCUCCGUUAAGCUUGCCACGGAACUGGAAGUGCUUAAGGAUGCGAAAACUAAGCUCGAAAUGGACAAUGCCAAUCUCAGGAAGCAAGUGGGCAGCGGGGCUAAAGGCGUUAUUGUGGGCCAAGCUUUGAAAAGUAAGGAGGCCGUGAUGGGCAAGGACUACGACACGAUGUGCAAGGACCUCUACGACUCGAUGGAGCGUGAGACCGACCUCCGGGAGCAGCUUCGGUUCGCCGAGGAGGAGAACAAGACGAUUCGACGCAAGCUGAACAACAUCGAGCAGGAGAACGAGACGCUGAUGCUGCAGAUCCGCAAGUUGAGCGGCAAGCGCGAUAGCCUGUCGGAGAACAGCGACAGCGACGAGGAGGUGUCGCUCGAGGAACUGCGUAUGCAGUUUGAGCUGCAGGAGCAGGAGACGAGCGUGCUGCGACGCAAAGUCGAGGAGAAGGAGCAGCAGAUCGAGGGCCUCGAGAAGGAGGUCAAGUACCUUCAGGAGAAGCUAGUAAGCCAACCGUUCACGAAGGUGGAGCUGCCGGCGCCCCCGAAGAACGAGGCCGACGUGGACGUGUACCAUAGACAGAAGGCCAAACUGCUCGAGUACGAGGCACGCGAGCUGCGCCAGAAGCUCAUCGAGAAGGAGCGAGAGAACGAGCGGCUGCAAACGGAGGUCGAGGUGCACCGGCGGAAGGCCUCCAAGGUCAUCGUGCGGAGCCGCUCCCUGGACAGCGAACUGCAGGUGGACUUGAAGCGGCAGUUGCAGCUGGUGGAACAGGAAGCCAACAUUCUCCGUCAGAAGGCACAGGACCUGGAAACCGAGAACGACAAGCUCAUGGCCGAAAACAAGCGCUGCCAGCUGCGCCUGAGCAGGAAGCCACCACCCGGCCCCCAAGAACUGCUCCAGCUGGACAACAUGGAACUCAAAGAGAAGCUCGCAGACGCUGAGCGCAAGCUCAGAGUGCUUAAAGAAGAACUGGAAAAGGUCGCCGCUGGCGCAGCACCAUCGGCCGUGGUGAUCCAGGAGUACGCGCCCAAGAAGGAGAAGCCCAGCGACAUUGAGAACGACCUGAUCGCCGGCCUCAAGAAGAAGAUUCGCGCCAAGGAGGACGAGACGUCGGCGCUGCAGACCAAGAUCGUCCAGCUGGAAGUGGAGAACAGUCGCGUGAACCGCGAGUUCAAGAAGCUCAAGGACGCGCUCAACUACAAGAAGAGGGCGCCACGAGCCGUCCGAGAGACGGCCACCAGGGGAGAGCUCAAGGACAUCAUCAGGGACCUGGAGGACGAGAUCAGCGAGUUGCACGUGACUCUAAGGAGCAGGGAGGUUACGCAAGAGGGCAUGGCCGAGGAGGUCGAGUCGGCCAAGAAGGCGCUGGAAGAAGCGCAGCUCAAAGCGAAGCAGCAGGAGACCAAGAUGGCGUCUGAACUAGAGUGCCUGAAGCAGAAAAUGGACAAGCAACAAGCAGAUUUGCAGAAGGAGCGGAAGAAAGCAGACGCGCUGAAGAAGCAGCUCGAGAGCAUAAUGAAGGGCUCCGCAGGUGGCGCCGCUGUCGCUUCGGACGUCAUCGAGAAGGUCGCUUCGCUGCAGGUCAUCGAGGAGACCGCGGCCAAGAAGCAGAAGGAGCUCGAGGAGAGGCUCUCCCAAGAGCAGAACAAGUACAAGGAGCUCGAGCAGCGUAUGGGCGUCAUGUCCAAGCUGAACGAGAGCCUCGCAGCCAGCGUCAAGCUGCUCGAGUCCAAGGGCAAGGAGCUUGAGGAAGAGCUUGAAAAGCGCAAGAAAUCUCUUCAAAGCGCCGAGACCCAGGCCAAGCUUCUCAAAGGAAAGCUCGAAUCAAGUGAGAGUGGUUACACGCAGCUCAAGAAGGAGUGCAGCCAGCUUCGUGCGGAGUUGCAGGAAGCCAAAUCCAAGGAUGUGGGCACGUCAGCUACAUCACCGGCUCAGGCCGGUAUCAUGUGGACCAAGGAACGUGAGGAGUUAAAGCGAAAGCUUGAAGAUAUGAGACAAACGCUGGACGUUAUGACUCGCAAGGAGGUUGAGAGAGAGAAACAGUUCCAAGAAAAAGAAAAUAGGCUCAAGCAAGAGCACGAGAAAAAAAUGGAGAAAAAGAUGAAGGAGGUGCGUGAGUUUCUGCAGGCAGAAAUAAAGACCCUCCAAGAGGAGCACACUUCCAUGAAGAACCGACUCAACGAAACCAUUGACAAGGCUGAAAAGAAAGAGAUCGAGUUGAAGACGGUGUCGGACAAGCUUCGCCAGCUGAGCAACAGCCAGAGACGCGAGAAAGAAGACUGGCAACUCAAGAUGGAGGACCUGGAGGAGAAGCUUCGCGUAGAACUGCGCAAGCGUGAACGCAUGGAGCGCGAGCGUGAGCUCGAGUCCAAGUCUAAGGCCGAGGACGUGCUGGUCGCGCAAAACAGGGUGGUCCAACUGGAGAGAGAGCACCGGCGCCUAGUCACCAGGCUACAAGAGAUGGAGCAGGAGCACGCCGAGCAGCGCAAGCAGAUCGAGAGGGAUGCGGCGAAGGAGCGCGAGGAGUACGACGACCUGACGACGCGCUACGAGCUGCUGGAGGAGGAGUACCUCUCCAUGAAGAACAACCUCACUCUGGAGAAGGACCAGUUGGACGCUGCGCUCAAGCAGCUGCGCAAGGAGCACGAGCGCAUCAGCGCCGAGCUGCGCUCCGUCAAGGAGUCGCUCAACGCCAGGCAGGAACUGUACACGCGGGAGAAGGCCGAGUUCCAGAACUUGAUACGCGAACUGGAGGCGAAGGUGACCCGCCUGAAGGACAUCGAGGCCGAGAGGAACCGAAUGCGCUCCAACCUGAAUGAAAGAGACGCCAUCAUCGAACAGCUCAAGAAAACUGAGAAGUGUUUUCGAGAAGAAAAAGAGAAGCUUCGAAAAAAGAAUGAAGAGCUAAUGAAGAGGGUGGCCGAGCUCGAGCGUUCCGAGAGGCACCUUCGCACGUUGACAGUGGGUGGGGCCAAGGCGGAGGCGCCUCAGCAGCCGACGGUGCCGCAAAACCAGCAGCUGUCUCAGCAACAGCAGCACGAGCUGCGCGCGAGGCUCGAGCAUUCGGGUCACGUGCACAAGGCGGAGCAGGCGGCGAUGAGGGCCGACUUCGAGGGCCGCGUCAACUUCAUGGCGGCCGAGCUGCAGGCGCUGCAGGGCCAGGUGACGUCACUGGCGCGAGAGAGGGACCAGUUGCGCGAGAAGCUGGACGAGGCAGCCCGGGAGAUGGAGCAGCUGCGAGCCAGCACGGCGCGCAAGGAACGAUCCAGGGGAAAGGAAGCGUUCGAUUCGAUGCAGAAGAAAGCCGAGGAACUGCGCGCGCACGCCGACGACCUCAAGAACCAGUUGGAGGAGUCGUUGACUGACAACCGCAAGUUGCGCAUCCAGAUGGAGGCUGAUAAGAGUUCCUGGGAGAUUCAGCUUUCUAACCUCAAAUCAAAACUCAAUCAGUACGAAGAACGCAACAUCUUGGAGGCCAGCAGAGGCUCUGCCAAGCUGUACGCCAAGACGAGGCUGGAGCUUGCUUGGGAGAAAGAGCGAUCCGACCUGCAGAAGGUGCUCGGAGACACGCAGACGGCGGUUGCCGAUCUCAGGCAGCGACUGCUCAGCGCCGAGGCCCAGCGGGAAGCCGAGCGCGAAGCUGCCGAGAAGACAAUUAGAGAUCUGCGCAAGAAGGUCGAAGGUGGUCAGGACGACGUUUCCAAAGACAUCGUCGAGCUCCAGACCGACCUGGAAGAGCUGAAGGACACGCACAACCGUCUCAAGACGCAGUAUGAUCGCCUGCGUCGGGAGAAGGAACGCAUGGACAAGGAGAGGGAAGACCUCCGAUAUCGUGCCGCCGCCACGCUGGACGUGCAGGCGCUCGUCACCGACCUGGUCGAGGACGUGCACAAGAUGGCCGACCUGGUGAAGCUCGAGGGCAUCUUCGCCACCGACCAGGGAAAAGCAAAGGCGGCCCAGAGACCUCUGCGCACGGGAUCCACACCAAAGGACGACCUCAUCGCUCUGCUUCAGAAGGUUGCUCAAAGGACGGAGCGUUUGAGAGAAGUUUCCAAGCCUGUCAGGGACGAAGACAUGAUCAGGCGUACCACAUCAUUCCGAAGGGCACUGUCAGCGACCGACAUGGCGAAUCAGGGCGGCCUGAUGCCCGGCAUGUCGCCCGUCAUCCGGGCCCCACCGCGAACCCGCGGCGGCAUGCACUCGAAGACCAUGUCGCUGGGACAGGGCAUGGCUGCGGCCGAUCUCAAGAUAUGGGGCUCCGGCGACAGCCUGGUGUACACCCCGUACGGAUCGCAGGGCAGUCUCAGGGGAGGCCGCACGGGCUACGACUCCGACGCGUCGGUCGUCUCCGAGCCACCCAGGCAUUGGCGAUACAGCAGGCCCGUUGUGAGAGUUGACUCGGAGAACGACUCGAGCAAUCCAGGGAGCACAGAAGACGUCACGACGGCGACAAAACACCGCAAGACGCUCAGGGAGCGCCUAAAGCUUCUCAAGAAGCCGUCAAUCAACGAGCCAAAGCAGGACUCCGCCAAAGAAGACAAGAGCGGCACUCUGAGGGCGCGGCUGACGAAGCCGUUCCGCUCGAGAAGCAAAGAGAAGAUCGACUCGCCAUCGCCGAGCGCAUCCGAACGGAGGCCCGUGCUCGCCCAGCAGACGCUUGAGCCGGUCCAAGAAAGGGCGCGUGUGGAGCGUUCAAACUCCCUAUCUGCCAAGAAGGAAAAAGGUAGUAAGAAAUCGCUCCUGGGACGCCUCACCUCGAAGGAGAGCCCGUCCAAGACGACAACAAUGACGGCGACAGAAGCGGCAAACUCAAAGCCUCCGGCCACGCCGGUCAAGAGCCGCAAAGGCUCGUUCAACGAGACACCCGUCUAAGACGUGUGCCUGCUGCUGCAACGGUUAUACGGUGCUACCUUUCCCGCCGCGUCACAAAGUGCGUCCAUUGACGAAGGAAAUGCCAAAGACCCCCGUUUUUCUCGCUCCAUUUGAAGAACUUGUUUCCUAUUUUUGUGCCUAAUGGAGAGAGAAACAAAAAAAAAAACAUUGAGCAUGUUUAUACACAGUUCUUCCGUGACAAUCGUGCGUCAAUCAUUAUGUGCUGUGUUCCCAGUAGUCAUCGUCCUUCCACGUGUCCUUCGUAUUUAUACAGAUUGUUGUUCUCGUAUAAAUGCGGGUAAAAAAAUGAAGAAUGUGCGUGAUCUAUUGUGAAAUAGAACCUUUUGACCUCCUUGU